UUUUCAUAGAGGGCAAUUACGGAAGAGUCUUGGCACUUUCGGGUCUUGACUUUUGUUAGAUUAUAAUGUAUUUUAGGCAAAUUAUCCAAACUUCCAAAGACUGCUUCGAGGCAUCGUUCAUAUCCGAGCCUGGCAUAUUCAGACCAUUGAAUUUCUGAAUGUUGAUUUCAAAAUGGCCGACAUUCCUGAUGUUGAACGUACGCUUGAAAAACUAGAAGUGAAGUUGGUACUUCUACGGAAUUGUACGUACGCCUCGGUUACGAAACCCACACAUGCAUAUCAAGUUUUAAUGGCACUUAAUCGAAAAAAGAAAUGUAUUGUAUGCGAAUAUGGGGACGACAGCGUUGUACAAAAUUAA